AUGACACGGCAUCAAGGCGACCCAAACGAGCGUGUUCAUUGCCCACAAAGAGAGAGAUGUUCGCCAUCGAAUUUCUUUGUCUUGAUCCUUGCCAAAACACUGACCUCGGCCGCCUUCAGCAUCCCCAUCAGGUCCUCCCGCUUUUCUUCAGUUGUUUCGCCACGCAGAGAAGAUAGAGGGGGCUGGUGCAAGGGGACUUGUGGUAUCACAGGGGAGUACCAGGAGAAGCACGUGUGCAAAUGGGGCUAUUGGGAUGAGCGGGAUAUAGCAGCUGCCGUUGUAGCCACAGGAUGGGAUAGUGAGUUGUGGCUCGACUGGGUUGACAUUCCCGCGCAAGCAGGCUGGAAGAAGGUCAACAAGAUCAAGGCACAAGCCGAGCUAUAUGCUGGUGCGAGUCGCGUGUUUGUGUUUGUUCCUGAACACGAUUUCCUUUCGAUCAAAGGUGCGCUAGAUCUCAGUGAGACCGCUGACACCUUCGAUGAGUUCCUUGAGGUGAUACAUCUACUCGGAGGUGUUAAAUGGUUCACAUCCACUUGGACGUUGCAGGAGAUGUUCAUGAGCUACGAGCGCAUGAUGGUUGUGACCCAUGGUGGCAAGUCCAUUGAGUGUGGAUGGCUGGUAACACUGCAAGCUCAGUUGGGUGCCCUACUUGAUAGUUGUGGUGGAGAGAUGCACGAUAUGGGACUGUUUGGUUCUAUAAGUCUGCGACUUGCUCCCCACCGAGGCAGGGUUGUUAUGGUUUGGGGCUACUGGUACGGUUACGUUGUCUGA